GUCCAAUUGAACUGCCUCGAGACAAGCUGCCAAUGGAGCCGUCUCCAGACUCUGCUUCCUACUACACGCCUGAAUCAUCUUCUUCCCCUGCUGGCCGCAUAUCCGAUCCCAGCGAGACAUCUUCUUCGCCGAACGGUUUUCACCAGGACGUCGAAAUUGAGUCACCUGCUUUAUUGAGAAGUGAAGAGUAUCGGCAGUUGUUUCGUCUUCCACCUGAUGAAGUCCUUAUUGAAGACUUUAAUUGUGCUUUCCAAGAGAACAUACUAAUUCAGGGCCACAUGUAUCUGUUCAUGCACUAUAUUUGCUUCUACUCCAACAUCUUUGGGUUUGAGACAAAGAAAGUAAUCCCAUUACAAGAAAUAACAGCUGUACGUAAAGCAAAGACAGCAGGGAUCUUCCCUAAUGCCAUCGAGAUAUUUGACGGAGAGAAAAAGUAUUUCUUUGCAUCUUUUCUGUCUCGUGAUGAGGCCUUUAAGCUUAUUGAUGAUGGAUGGUCGCAGCAUGCUAAAGGGACCGAAGGAAAUAUGGAAAAUCAGAAAUCAAUAAAUGAAUCUAGCAGACAGGAAGAUGGUAUCCUUGGCAUUGAAAAUGCCACGGAGCUGGAUUCUUCUACAGAUUCUUUUGACAGGAGUAUGAAUACUCCCAUUCCUGAUGUUUCUAUGGUUCAAGCCAAUGUUGAAGAGGAAAAUGGGCCAAAGACACUACCAGUAGUACCUAUUAAUGUAAUUCAGGAAGCAGAGCCAAUUCUUGAUAGUCAUGCUUCAAGUUCAAGAAAGACAUUGACAUGGAAGCUGGAAAAUGUGGAUGCUCCCAAGGUACCGGAUUGUUUUACCAAGGUUGCAGAAUCAAAGUUUCCGAUACAGGUGGAGGAUUUCUUUAGUUUCUAUUUUUCAGAUGACGCAAUUAAUUUUCUUUCUUCAUAUCAUGAACAAUGUGGAGAUAAAGAGUUCAAAUGUUCUCCAUGGCGUCCUGAUGACAUAUUUGGGCAUACACGUCAUUUAUCAUUUAAACAUCCAAUAAAAUUAUAUUUUGGUGCAAAGUUUAGUGGCUGCUCGGAGAUCCAGAAAUUUCGAGUUUAUCGAGAUAGUCAUUUGGUCAUUGAGCUAAUGCAAGAAGUCAAUGAGGUUCCAUAUUCAGAUUAUUUCCGUGUUGAGGGAUAUUGGGAGGUGAAGAAAGAUGCUGAUGAAUCAAAUAAAUGCUGCAUCUUGAGGGUAUAUGUGAACGUGGCAUUUCUGAAAAGAACUGUUUGGAAAGGGAAAAUAGUGCAGUCUACUAUUGAAGAAUGCCGAGAGGCCUAUGGAAUGUGGGUUCAGAUGGCAAGGGAAUUGUUGAAGCAGAAACUUAAAGAAUUUGAAGAGGGAAGUCCUAGUGGUAGUACAUCGUAUAGUGGUAAAGAUCAUCAUAUUGAAGAAGAAACGAAUAACAGCAAAUCAUUGGAAAGGUCAAAUGAGAAGAUUGACGCUAGAAGAUUAACUGAGAUGCCAUAUUCCACUGACGUUGAUCAACAAGCUGAAAACUUUACUCGAGGAGUUCAUUCUACUACGUUUGCUUCUUGGUCAAGAGGAUACAUGAAGAAGUUUUGGUCUUUGUUACGAAGUCAGAAUUAUCUUCCUCUUGCACUAGUUAUCACUUUUGCUGUGAUUUUCCUAAUGCAGUUGAGCAUAGUUAUGCUGUUAUCCAGACCCCAACACAUCCACGUCAGUUCAACCGAGUAUGCGAAUGCGAAGGGCCUAAAAUUCAGUGGUGGAAGAUCGAGUGAUGGCAUGGCAUGGUUGGAAAAGAGAAUGCACCACCUCAAGGAUGAGAUGUACAUGAUCGAGGCUCGGCUAGAGAUGAUGCGACGCGAGCAUGCACACUUAAAAGCACAGCUAAGAGAUUUUGAGGAAUAAUUAAGUUAAAUGCUUGUGAUUAAUUUAUAUACGAGAGAUUCAUCGAGGACAAUAGUCAACAGAAAUGACUAUUGCGCAGAUUUGUAUGUUUACUUCAAUGAUAGCACCUCACAAAACAAAAAUUGGAAUACAUACUACAGCCCAGCAUCUGGACUGUAAAUGGAAUGAAAUGAAAACGAUCCAUUUGUAUGUUUUUUAUUAUUA